AUGUCGGUCAAACAAUGGAUCACGCCCUUGAAAGGCAUCGACAGUCUUAGCCAGACCGAGGUCCCAAUGCCCGCAACCGGUCCCAACGAAGUAUUGGUCGAGAUCCGCGCAGUCUCUCUCAACUACCGUGAUGUGGAAGUGACCAAAGGCGAGUACAAGCAUCACAAAACCGCCGAACAGGAUGCCACCAUCGUGCCCUGCUCGGACAUGUGUGGAGUUGUGACGAAAGUCGGAUCUGGCGUCACAAAAUGGGCAGUUGGCGACCGGGUGCUUUCGACCUUCCUGCCGGAUCACCAAACCGGCCAAGUGACCGAAAAGGAACUUGGCAGGAGCUUGGGGUUGCCACAGGAUGGCGUCCUGGCAACUCACCGCGUUUUCCCCGACUAUGGCUUGGUGAAGGCCCCCGGCUUCAUGUCUGAUGAGGAGGCGGCUACUCUUCCCAUUGCUUCGGUCACGGCGUGGAUGUCUAUCAACGGCAUGCGACCGCUGGGGCAGAGCGGUGGGAAGGAUGAGUAUAUCUUGCUACAGGGAACUGGCGGCGUGGCGAUCGCUGGAUUGCAGAUUGCGAAGGCGGCUGGUGCCAAGGUUAUUAUCACCUCCUCGUCCGAUGAGAAAUUGGACCAGGCCAAAAAGCUAGGUGCCGAUUUUACUAUCAACUACCGCACCAAUCCCAAUUGGGAGGCCGAGGUGAUGAAGAUCACAGAGAACCACGGAGCAGACGUUAUCCUGGAGGUCGGUGGCGCCAAAACUCUACGCAAGAGCUUUGAUUGCAUCGCCUUUGGAGGAUUAAUUAACUGUAUCGGUUAUGUCUCCGGCAAAGUAGAUGCUGACGAGGACCGUCUGAAUGUCAACUUGCUGGCUCUGCGUAGGACUGUGACCCUUAAGGGAAUCAUCAACGGCCCCAAGGAUCGCUUUGAAGAGAUGAACAGAUUCUACGAGACGAACCAGAUCCAUCCUGCAGUCAACCGGGUCUUUUCCUUCGCCGAGGCCAAGGAUGCAUUCAGGUUCCUGGAAAGCGGCAGCCAUUUCGGCAAGGUAGUCAUCAAGAUUCAAUAG